GGGUCAAUCUGGUGUGAUUUGCAAGGUAUGCUUUGCCCUUGUUGCAGCACCGCAAGGUAACACCACAAACCUUUACCAGCACCUCAAACGUCACCACAAAGUGCAAUAUGAUGAAGCAGCCGUACAAGGCAAGAGAUCCGAAAGUCGUCCAAAAAUGCAGACAUCUAUUACGGACACCUUGCACAAUGCGACGCCAUACCCACAUAACUCCAGUAGGAGUAAAGAAAUAACAGAAGCCAUUGCUUAUCAUCUAGCAAAAGAUAUGGUUCCAAUAUACAACGUAGAACGUGACGGAUUUCAAAAGAUGAUCCAUACAUUGGACAAACGCUACUCAAUACCAUCCCGCAACUAUUUUUCAUACGUUGCACUGCCAGCUAUGUACAAGAAAGUGCGGACUGUAGUCGAGGCAGAAGUGCAGCAAGCGGAUUAUUUUUCAGCAACGACGGAUUUAUGGUCCAGCCGAACAAUGGAACCGUACAUGAGCCUAACUGUCCACUUCAUAGCGAUUGAUUUCACCAUGAAGAGCAAGUGCCUACAGACUUCUUUUUUCCCCGACGACCACAAAGGUGAGAUCUUGGCACAGGGACUGAAGGAUGCCCUAGCAUCUUGGAGUUUGGAAGAGGAGAAAAUGGCAUGUAUAACAACAGACAAUGGAUCAAACAUAGUGAAGGCAAUCUCCAUCAACAACUGGACCAGGCUCCAAUGUUUUGGCCAUAGGCUACAUCUGGCAAUUGAAAAUGCCAUGAAAGAUCCACGAAUUGACCGCGUCACAGGCCUUUGCAGAAAGAUUGUGAGCACUUUCAGUCACAGCUGGCUACGGAGGAGAAACCUUGCCAUGGUCCAGAAGGAGCUCAAACUCCCUGAGCAUCAACUGAAAACCGAGUGCCCAACAAGAUGGGGAUAAAGGCAAGAGAUGAUUCAGAGGAUCCUGGAACAGCUUCCAGCCAUUUCACAGGUCCUCAAUGAUCGAAAGGUUAGACACCUAGUGCCCACAUGGCAGGACGUAGAAGUCCUUGAGGCAAUGAACAACACCCUAAGUCCUCUGGCUGAAUUCACCGAUGCACUCUCUGGGGAACUAUAUGUCAGCAUAUCCUCUGUGAAGCCGGUUCUCCACCUUUUCAAAACCUCUGUUUUGGCUGUGCAAGAGGAUGACGCAGAAUUCACAAAAUCAAUCAAGUCAAACAUCCUGAAAUAUCUGCAAGAGAAGUACAGUGAUCCCCAAACUCAGGAUUUACUCGACAUGGCCACAACCCUCGAUCCUAGGUUCAAGAUGAACUACAUCAGUGAGGAGAAGAAAGCCACAGUUAAAGCAAGACUGACAGACGAGAUGACUGGCAUAACUCUAGCUAUGCCAAAUGCCUCCCCAGCACCCCCCAUGAAGAAGGGCCGAAAGACUCUGGGAAGUUUCUUCAAAGCAGCACAAGGCAAUGACGACAAGUCCUCUUCUCUAGAGCAAGCAGUGUCCACAGAGCUGGAGGCAUAUCUUCUGACAUGCAACAUCGACAGUGAAGAUGACCCCUUAAUCUGGUGGCGGCAAAAUAGCAAUGUAUAUCCACGGUUGUCUGUGUUGGUGAAGAAAUACCUAUGCAUUCCAGCUACCAGCUCACCUUCUGAGCGGCUGUUCAGUACAGGGGGCAACAUUGUGACAUGCCACCGUGCAUCACUAAAGCCAGAGCAUGUUGAUAGACUUGUUUUUCUGGCCAGGAAUCUUUAAGUGCAAUAUUCAGGGUCACAUAUAGGGUUAUGUGAGAGGCCUAUGUCCCAAAGAAAAUAUUUAAUUUACUCUUUUGUAAUGGCCAAAUUAAUAUUAAUUUUCUUUUGUCAUUGACACCUUAGUAGGUUGGCAGAUUUGUUUUAUUUAUGUUACAAUUUUUAGAGCCUAAUUGAAUGGCCAACUGAAUGUUUGUUUUAUUUUUUCAUUGAAGCCUUCAUUUAUAGGUGUGUGGAGUUGGCUCAAGAAACAUUAAACUACUAAAAGGCCAGCAAUUAAAGACAAGGUGCCGCUAUAUAUACAAAAUAAAUUAUUAGUUUUUGAUACUGCAACUGCACUUCAAUGGCCAAUUGCUCCUUUUCUUUAGACAAUGAACCCUCAGAAUGUUGAAUGACGUUUCAAUUAGCCUAUUUAGAGCCAUGUUCAGGCCAUAUUCAGCGCAGUGCGUUAAACUUCUAUUUUUGGUAACCUACUUGAAUGGCCAGUUGAAUGUUAAUUGUACAAAAGGCAAGCAGUUAAAGAGUGUUUCUUCUUUAUUCAUUGAAGCCUCUAUGUUUACAGGCUUGUGGUGAUGUGCAAUGUUCUAUAGGUGCCAAAACAAAUAUUUUUGGUACUUCCAAUUUGUUUUGUUUUGUCAUGGUUCAUGUGUGCAAUAAACAUUACAUUUCAUGAGAAAAAAAAAUCGUUGUAGAGAAUCGUGAUAUCAAUUCUAAGCUAAAAAAUCGUGAUUCAUAUUUUUCCCAGAAUCGUGCA